AUGGAAACAAAAUCGGCCAGAUUUUCAAAAAAACUUUUGGGAAGGGCUGUUGACCCUGACGGCGAUAUCCUUGACAAAAGAGGUAAUGUCGUUGGGCACGCAGAGAAGUACAAAGAGAAACCAGGGCCAGAAAAGGAAGAGUUGUCAAUUCUAAAGGGAUUAUCGCCAAAUAAACGCGGAAACAUCGUGGGACCCGACGGAAUACCUAUUGGUAGGGUCAUCGAGGGAAAUUCUACACAACUAGUCGGUAAGAAGGUUGAUGAGCAUGGCUGUAUAUGGAAUGAUUCUGGAAAGCACAUUGGCCAAUGCGAAUUGAUACCGGAAGAAGAACGGGAUAUAAAAGCGGAGUGUCCUUUUUCUGGCAUUGAUGUGUUGGUUGUUGUCAAUGACGGCUUGGUCGAAGAUGAAAACGGGCAUGUUGUUGGCAAAGGGAAUGUUAAGGGGCAUGUCGAGCCUUACGGGGAGCUUGAAGAGGAAGUCGGGAGGAAGAUCUGUCACUGUUAG